UCAACUGUCAGUAGGUCUCCGGACUCCGAGGACCGAGUGCAUAGGACCGCGUCGAAAUAUAAUGUGAAUUAUAUUACAUGUGCGGUUUUUUGUUCCGGUUUUAGAAACGGAGAACAUUAAUCAACUUAGCAGUAGCAUAUUUCCUGCUUCAUGCUGUAAAGGAUACGGUGUAAGUUAUAUCCGGUAUUUGAAGUCAACUGAGGAACUCUUGAAUCACCAUGACGGAAACAAAAGUGAACCGGAAGCGAAGGUUAUCGCCAUUCUUCAGACAGAUGUUAGCAGUAAGCGGUGUGGUGAUGUACAUGAUAGGCACCGGCGCCAACAUCGCCUUCCCCGGAGUACUGCUGCAACAGCUGCGACAACCUGGAUCAGUGUUGAAACUUACCCUGGAACACGAGUCCUGGAUUGCCUCGAUCCUCGGCUUGGCGCUCAUUAGUGGUAUCUUAGUGGCACCAUUCAUGAUGCAGAGGCUGGGUCGUCGUCUUAGCAACAUGCUGAGCACUCUGCCCUCGCUGGCUGGUUGGGCUCUCAUGGUAGCGGCUAAGGAUCCCACCGCACUACUCAUCAGUCGUUCCUUGCAGGGUUUCGGUAUGGGAGUUCAGGCUGCAGCAGCUCCUAUAUCCAUCGCGGAGUAUUCUGCUCCAAGGCAUAGAGGUGCGUUCCUCGCUACGAUCGCGUUCUCCUUCGCCACAGGGAUGUUGAUCGCUCAUAUCUUCGGCACCAUUCUAUUCUGGCGUCAGGCCGCCCUGGCCUGUGGCAGUUUCUACGUUCUAUCGCUGAUUCUCAUAUCAUUGUCGCCGGAAACUCCACCGUAUUUGGCAUCCGUCGGCAAGUUUGAGGAAUGUCGCAAAACAUUCAGGUGGCUCAGAGGGAGUGACGACGAGUCGGAAAAAGAAUUAGAAGUAAUGCUCAACAGCCAGAAGAAGAAGACUAUCGUGUCACCGGAAGUCUCGAAGAUCAAAUACUACAUGAACAUUGUUAUGUCGCCGGGUUUUUACAAACCGACCGUUAUAAUGAUGUUCAUGUUCGUGUUGUUUCAAAUCUCCGGCAUGACGGUGGUGCCAUCGUACACUGUGCCAAUGAUGAACGAGGUCAGCGGCGGCCACAUAGAGUCCUACACCAGCAUGCUGAUGGUAGAUAUAGUGAGGUUCGCUACAGCCGUUCUAUCUUGUGUGGUCGUCAAUAAAUUUAAUCGACGAACCGUAUUGUUUUUUGGCAUAUAUGUCAGUGUGGUUUCAUUAUUAUUGACGUCGAUUCUAUUGUACGUGAGAGACUUCGGAUAUUUGCCCGAAAAGUAUAAAUGGAUUCCUGUGAUACCCACUCUGGUGUACAUAUUUGGUAAGACCAUAGGUAUUCUUCCUAUCCCCUGGGCCAUAGCCGGCGAGAUCUUCCCGUUGGCUUAUAGAUCUCUUGGCAGUGGCAUAUCUGGAAUGUUUCUCUCGCUUAUGUUCUUUGUCGUCGUUAAAACAGCACCAACCUCCUUCAGGCAGAUCGGCGUCAAGGGUACGUUCUGUCUUUAUGGCCUCUGUAUUGCUCUAUGUGGCGCAUUUCUCUACUACCUCUUGCCAGAAACGAAGGGCAAGACUUUGUAUGAGAUCGAAUGUCACUUCAAAGGUGUCAAGGACACAAAAGGUAAUGUCGAAGAAAAAGACAGAAUGCUAGAGAAGGUGGAAGAAGGUUGAGGAGAGAAAUAGGAGAAACAGGAAACGCCUUCCAACUACAAUGUUGGCCCCGUAGUUAAGACAUAGGAGAAUAAAAAAAUUGACGCUAAAUAUAUCAGACAAGAGAUAGUGUUCAUCAAUACUGUAACAGACUAUCUAGAUUCCAAAAUAUAGGAAAAUGUAUAUAAUUUUAAUAAACUACUCCCAAACAAA